CAUUUUAAUGAAGAAACCUCAGAGCUGCUAACAAUUCACACCAGCAGAGGGGCAGAAGACCUUUGAGGCAAGCCAUGUGGUCGUCAUGGAAACUGCUGCUGUUUCUGUCACUCACUAGCUGUCUUACAGAAGACUCCAAAGGUAUUCCAGGAAUCCCUACAACCUACGCUGCUAUCUUACGACUGAAAUCUUUAAGUUCGUCGUAUUCCUCGAGAAGUAGGCAACGAUCAAGCAGCCCUUCCUUUGGAAGUAUUUCAUCACCAAGUUGGCAUGCAGCAGCCACAGCCCAACAAUACCACACACCGACAAACCUCUAUCAAGUCUCUGAGGCCUUCAGACAUGAUGACAGCAUUGAUUAUGGGCCGGUGUUUAUACAAGAACCUGAUAAUGUGAUUUUCCCUGUGGACUCAGAUGAGAAGAAAGUAUCCCUCAACUGCCAAGCACGAGGAAACCCUGCUCCAACCUACAGAUGGUUUCGGAAUGGAACAGAGAUAGACGUUGAAAGUGAUUACCGCUACAGCAUGGUAGAAGGAAACAUCAUCAUCAAUAAUCCCAGUGAAACAAAGGAUGCUGGGCAGUACCAGUGCUUUACCACCAAUAUUUUUGGCAGCAUUUUGAGCCGAGAAGCUACACUUCAGUUUGCAUAUCUGGGGAAUUUCAGCGGCCGGACGAGAACCACCGUGUCGGUGCGGGAAGGUCAAGGUGUCGUUCUGAUGUGUGCUCCUCCACUUCAUUCACCAGAGAUCAUCUACAGUUGGGUAUUUAAUGAGUUCCCCUCCUUUGUGGCAGAAGACAGCCGGCGCUUCAUUUCUCAAGAAACAGGCAAUCUCUACAUUUCAAAGGUACAGCCAUCUGAUGUUGGGAGCUACAUAUGCCUGGUGAAGAACACAGUGACCAAUGCCCGGGUCCUCAGCCCUCCUACGCCACUGACGCUGAGAACUGAUGGUGUGAUGGGGGAGUAUGAGCCGAAAAUUGAAGUCCAUUUCCCAUACACUGUUACAGCUGCCAAGGGAUCUACUGUUAAGAUGGAGUGCUUUGCGCUGGGCAACCCUGUUCCAACCAUCUCGUGGAGGAAAGUUAAUGGCCCCAAUCCGAGCAAAGCCCGCCUGCGGAAGUCCCAAGCCGUGCUUGAGAUCCCAAACGUGCAGCUAGAAGAUGCGGGGACGUAUGAAUGCAAGGCUGAAAACUCCCGGGGAAGGAAUGUCUUCCGAGGACAGCUGCAAAUAUACACAUACCCACAUUGGUCAGAGAAGCUGAAUGAUACGCAGUUAGACAGUGGGGAUCAGCUUCGAUGGGAAUGUAAAGCAACCGGGAAACCUAGGCCUACCUAUCGUUGGCUUAAAAAUGGAGGACCUCUCUGGCCAGGGAGCAGGAUUGAGAUGGUUAAUGGUGUACUGAUGAUCCACAGUGUCAAUCAAUCUGAUGCUGGAAUGUACCAGUGUGUAGCGGAAAACAAGCAUGGAGCCAUUUAUACCAGUGCUGAGUUGAGGAUUUUGGCGUCUGCUCCAACUUUCCCCCCAAGUCAGCUGAAGAAAAUAAUCAUUGUGACUAAGGGCCAGGAAGUUGCUGUCGAGUGCAAGCCGCAAGGUUCUCCCAAACCUACCAUCACGUGGAAGAAAGGAGACAAAGCAUUGCGAGAAAAUAAAAGGAUAACUGUUCUUCCAGAUGGGAACCUGAGAAUCCUGAAUGCCACCAAAUCUGAUGAAGGAAGAUACGUCUGCCGAGGAGAAAAUGUAUUUGGUUCCGCAGACAUAACAGCUUCUGUAUUUGUUAAAGAGCCUACCAGGAUAGAACUGUCUCCUAAGCGGACAGAGCUAACUGUGGGUGAAAGCAUUGUCCUCAGCUGCAAGGCCAUUCAUGACCCCACCUUAGACGUCAUAUUCCGCUGGACUCUGAAUGGGCAGCCCAUUGAUUUUGAGAGAGAAGGAGGACAUUUUGAAAGUAUCAGGGCGCAAGUAUCCUCUGCAGAUUUAAUGAUCAGGAACAUUCUUCUGAUGCAUGCUGGGAGAUACGGCUGCAAGAUACAGACCACAGCAGACACUGUAUCAGAUGAGGCAGAACUUCUUGUUAGGGGUCCACCUGGACCCCCAGGAGUUGUGAUUGUUGAGGAGAUCACAGAGACCACAGCCACACUUUCCUGGACUCCUGGAGCAGACAAUCACAGCCCUAUCACUUCCUACAACCUCCAAGCCCGAAGUCCAUUUUCACUUGGCUGGCAGACUGUGAAAACUGUUCCAGAAAACAUCAGUGGUGACAUGGAGUCUGCCAUGGCUGUCGAACUCAACCCGUGGGUGGAAUAUGAAUUUAGAGUGGUCGCAACGAACAAAAUUGGGACUGGAGAUCCAAGUGCACCAUCUAGAGUGAUCCGAACCAAGGAAGCAGUUCCAAAGACAGCUCCUGCUAAUGUAAGUGGCAGAAGCGGAAGACGGCAUGAAUUAGUAAUAGCAUGGGAGCCAGUCUCCGAAGAGUUUCAGAAUGGAGAAGGCUUUGGUUACAUCGUAGCUUUCAGGCCCAAUGGAACAAGAGGCUGGAAAGAAAAAAUGGUCACAUCUUCAGACGCCUCCAAGUUCAUCUAUAGAGAUGAAAGUGUGCCUCUCUUGACUCCAUUUGAAGUGAAAGUUGGUGCUUAUAACAACAAAGGAGAUGGCCCAUUCAGCCCAAUUGUCAUUAUCUGUUCUGCCGAGGGAGAACCCAGCACAGCUCCAACUGAUAUCAAGGCUGCAGGACUGUCUGUAUCAGAGAUUCUUGUGUCGUGGAGACAUAGUAAAGAAAGUCUGGGAAGACCGCAGGGAUUUGAGGUUGGUUACUGGAAAGAUAUAGAACAAGAGGAAGCUGCCGAGAAAGCCAGGACAGAAGGAAAUGAAUCAUCCAUCGUUCUGACGGGGCUAGAGGGCAACACCUUAUACCACCUGAGAGUGAAAGCCUACAACUCCGCGGGGUAUGGACCACCUAGCAAUAUCGUCCGUGCCUCCACCAAGAAAUCUCCUCCUAGUCAAGCACCAGGCAAUAUUAUGUGGAUGCAAGAUGGCGCCCAUGUGUCCCUUGGAUGGGAACCUGUUAGACCUUUAGAAAACGAAUCAGACGUCAUGGGAUACAAGGUCUUGUUUCGACAAGAAGGUCACAGCAACAGUCAAGUCAUAGAAACACAGAAAACAUCUGCAAUGCUACUUCUUCCUGAUGCUGUUGGUGUCUAUAUCAUUGAGGUCCGUGCCGUGAGUGAAGGAGGGGAUGGAACACCCAGCUCCCAAAUUAGAGUAACCUCUUUUUCAGGUGGAAAAGUCACAAAUUCUCAGUCUGGCCUGCGGGCUUUCUCCACUUCCUCGUCGACUGUAACAUUCCUCUUGGUACUGAUGGUCCCUUCAACCUCCUGGUGAAGACGACAGGCGGGUGGGCAGGCCUUUCCUCAUUCACCUCUUCAAUUGGGCUCACCUGAUUACACCGAGGGAUGGAACUCUGUGUCCACAAAGGGUGGAAAAGGCAAAGAGCGAAGGGUCUGGAAUGUUUGGGAAUAGCACACAGCGCACCAGGAAGAGUGUUGUGGGAGGGAACUCAUGCUAAACUAAUUCAUCAGGUUUCUUCUCUUCAAUUUUUGCAAAUAUCCUUUAUGGAGAAGAGGAUGUUUAUUGCCCAGCAGAGAAUAUGCAGAUUAUACAAAAUGAACUUUUGUAAACAAAUGAAAAUUCUGUCAAAUUUAACUUUUACUUUUCUAAUCUGUUUAUAUAUUAGCUGACAUCAGUCUUGUAUCAUUAGUAGUUUCGGCCGUGACGUCUAGUACAGUACAUCUAUUUCAUUUGAGUUGUUACGGAUUAUUUUUAAAAAGAACACAAGUUGAUUAAUAUUUGCAAUCUGUUGGGUCCCCCCUAUGUCCCAACCUCCUCCCUCUUUUCAUAAAGGCUGGCUUGCUUUCUUUUGCCUUAGUUGACAAGGAAUGAAGACAAAAUAUACAUUACGUGGUCCCUUGCAAAAUUGCUCUAGCACCUUCUCUCUUUUUUUUAUGAAUAAUGCCAAGUCAAGGUGGUCAAGUAUGAUCAUUUUCUAUUUUUUUUCUUUCCUGUUUGUAUUCCCUGGGUGUAUAAGUAGCUCUUUUUAACCCAAGGUAAAUCUGCAGCAUCUGAGCAAAGGAGAAAAUGUAGCCCCCUAUCUCUUUGCCUUGGUUAUUGUCUAUCUUAAUGAAUGAAGGAGCAAUGCUUGUUUUUAAUAGCGAGAAUAUAGCUGAUUGAAGACACAAUGGCAAUGAAAGCAUCAGAGGACACUUCAUCAUCCCCUUCCUGGAAAUGGUAACUGGAAGUGAGAAAUGAAUGCAAAGAGACUAAGCUGUCUUCCUCAAACAGCUUUCAGUCUUUAGACCUUUAUUUUUGUAGUCCAUUUUGUAUGGUACUGUACUGUCUAUAUUUGGUGAUUAAAUGAAAUGAUAUCAAGAAGCUUAUUAGGAUUGGAACAGGAUGGUGUUGCCUGGAUUAUUGCCAAUAAAAAUGCACGAAGUUCAAAUUUUGCGCUCAAUACUGCACUGGACUGGAUAACGUCAGACAGUGUUCCUUGCCUUCUGAACCUUUUGCUUUCCAAGAGCCAUGUUUUAUCUUCAGCUAUCUCUGACAUGGGACUGACUUCCAGUUUUUAUCUCAUGUAUUCCUUUCUCAUUAAUUUAUAAAGUAAUAAAAUAACCAUGUGCCGUCAAGUCAAUUCUGACUUAUGAUGAACAUUUCAAAGAUUUGCUAGGUAGUGAGUAGUCAAAGAUGGUUUGCCAUUCCUUGCUUCUGGGGGCAUCCUAGGAAUGUGUAGCUUGCCCAGGACCACACAGACCACUCCACUCCCGGGAGACACAGUGGAGAAUUGAACUCCCAACCUCUGGCUCCACAGCCAGAUACCUAACCACUGAGCUAUCCAGCCAGCACCCAUUCAAUUACACAUGUGUCUAUUUAGAGCUUUUCUUCUCUUUUCUUCUGUCUUUCUACUUUUCUAUUCACCAGAUGGUCAUAACUCAUCGGUCCGGCUCAUACUAGUUAUUUAGCAAUCUAUUACUUUAGCUUGAGGAGCAUGAGUUCCUAUCUGAAGACCAGUCAUCUGGACUACUAUGUCCUGUCUGCGUAAAUAUUGAUUUCACAGUUUGGACCAGUGCCGACCCUGCCUAUAGGCAAAGUCAUUUUGAGAAGCAGGGAGCAGAGGUUACUCCAUGGGCUUAAUGUCCUGCAUCACCUAAUUUAUCAUGCUGGUCUCAGGUACCAUGGAGGAUACUGUCCUUUCUCUAGCGGUAUGGUAUGAUUCCACCACUUUUAAAUUUAGAAUGGAAGAGACAUUACAAAGCUAUAAUGUGCAAUUUUGGCACUCACAGCCAGCAGAAUUGCGAGGGGUCAUGGCAGCCUCGCAAUGCCACUGCACUCUUUCCUCUUUCUUGGCCAUGUGAUGCAGAGUUCACUCACCACCAAUGGUCUUUACCAUUGUCCAGUACAGCGAAAGAGAGAGACGGUGCCAUACCAUCCCCUUCUUUCUUCCCCCCACUUUUUAAAAAAC